AUAAUACAGUCUUCUGUUGGUUGGACAUAGAUCUACACGGUUUCAGACAAAGUUUUCAAUUGGCCAGCCAACAUGGAUGAAACCAUAAUAAAUCUAAUGCUGCGUAAUCUGGAUGGUUCUUUGGAAGAUUGUGAAUCUAACAAAAAGAUGGAUUCGAUAAUCGAGUUAAUAGACAUACGUUGCGAAGGAGAUUGUAAUCUGAAAGUGAAGUCCUUAUUGCAACAAGCGGUUAAAACAAUUAAAUUAAAAGAUAGCCAAAUUGAAUUGAAGGAUAGCCUAAUUAAAGCGAAAGAUGGCCAAAUUGAUAGCCUUAUUAUGGCUUUGAAUAAAAAAUCUGAUAUGAAUGAUUCUAUUGAAAAUAAACGCGAUAUUCCUCUACAUCUAGAAGAAACUGAAAGUGAUGAAGAUAAAAAUAUCGCGGAUAUCGUAUCGAGGUAUAAAACCAAACUCGAAGAGGCCAAUAAACUUUUACAGGAGUCUUUUUCUUUGGUAAAAAGCAACGAAAUUCAAAAUCUGCAAUUAGAGGAACAAUUGGCUGCAAAAACUUUUGAACACGAUCUUCAAAUAAAGAGUUACGAAUCGAAAAUUAAGGAAUUGGAAAACAAAAUAAGAAUUGAAGGCGAAGACUCUAAGGAAGAAAAACCGACCCAAGUAGAAAUAUUUUUUGCUCUUCAUAAACCACAGGUGUUUCAAAUAGAAAAUAAAAUAUCUGGUUCUGGUUGGUUAAUUAUAACUCAAUUUAAAAUGGAUAAUGGGUCUUGGACUAAGAAAAUUAUUGUUCCUUCAAAAUUUGUGUACGAUAUCGUCAAAGAUCAGCCUACCGAAUUUUAUAUUCACAUUGUUCGUGCAGAUGGAACCGUACAUUAUGCUCAUUAUAAAAACUUCUGUUGUUACUAUAAAGUUUCUAAUGAUUAUCGUGACGAUAACUAUCGCAUACGAUCGAUGGAACUUCUCAACAGCUCAAUGAAAAUUUAUGGAAGUUUUGAAGGACGAACAUUUAAAGAUAUAGCCGAAAGUUUCAAUCAUAAUUGUGUAUUUUACCAGCUGAUGAUAAGGAAAAUGCAAAAUGAAAAUUAAUUGCAAACGAAAUUUAUCCAAUGCUAUAAUAUUUAAAAGAACUAAUAAAUAAA